CACAGAUUUCGGCAUUUAUUGCUCAAUUUCACGGCCUUGGCACUGAAGGUUUCUUGUCAACACAAAGAACCGACCAACAUCAACAUGUCUUCUGACGGUAGUAGUAGCGAUGACAGCGCUAGUAGUGAUGGAGACAUGUCUAGCGACUCGUGCUCAGUCUCUGCAUCUGAUGACGGUGACUAUGGUGAUUUAGCUGGGGAGGAGGAGGCCCAGUUCAACGAUAUUGAUGGUUUACUCCCCGAUGAUUCUGAACUGGGUGAAGCUGGCACCUACGUUCAACUUGAUGGAGCAGAAUGUGAUGAUAAUCGACAAUUUUAUGGCGAUGAUGAUCAUAGCAGCAACAUUUCAGAAAGGUUCGGUAGAGCUAAGAAACAUAGCCAUAAAACCAAGAGAGAUCGAAUUAUGGCUCCUCAUGACCCUUCUGGUAGUAGCCAAUGCGACGAUUCUCAGUUACCCUCGCCGUUCAUCAAUGCAACGGUUUCAGAAGAGCUCCCACGGGAAACUCAAGACCCCAAUACCACGGGUGAACAAGAACGAUCCAGAUCACUAGUCCCAGCGGACGAAGAUACUGCGCAGCGAAUUAGGGCCCUGGAGCUACGGAUCAAAAAGGAUCUGUCACACCCACAAGAGGCAUAUUUGAGAAACCGAACUUACGGAACCAUGCCAUCUCAUGACACCCUACCAUCGGUCGAAGAGGAGCAAUUGUGUUGGGACUGUUUUGAUUUCUUUCUUCCAGCAGUACUGGCUCCUACCCCCAGGUAUACGGCCCUCCCCGGGCCUUCUUCUUUACGUGUCAUUGCUAUAUAUCCGGGGCGAGACGAUGAUGUUCUCACUGGCACGUUGGACGUACUAGAUCUUGAUGAUCCCGGUGCUCACUAUGAGGCUAUCUCUUACCGAUGGGGUUGCCCCAAUGGCCAACUAAAGCCUAUGAUCCUCUCGGGGCGAAGGGUAUAUAUCAACAGCACUCUAAGCGCUAUUCUACUGAGUCUUCGACUUCGGACCCGGGUCCGGAUUCUAUGGGCUGACGCACUUUGCAUCAACCAAGCUGACCACAUGGAGCGGCGACAGCAGGUCGGCAUGAUGCAGAGAAUCUACUCACGCGCGUCGAGGGUCAUUAUCCAUCUUCGAGGUUACAACAAUCACGUACGAGAAUGCUUUUUGGCUAUCAAAGAUCUUGCUUCUGCCUGGAUAACAUUUCAGAAGGGAAGAAAUGGUCAUGACGGAGGCCAUGCGUCCUCAAAUAACAUUUUCGGCAAUGUUAUGGACAACGUCAAGAUGGGCAGGAUCGCCGAGGUAUUUAAGAAUUGCUACUGGACACGUCUAUGGGUGGUCCAGGAAGUUGUUUCGGCCCGCGCAGCCGUCGUUCAUUGGAAUGGUGAGGUGAUAUCUUGGACCUUGGUCGGGCUUGCCACCACCCUGAUCAGGAACAACGAGGGCUUGUGGAAAGAUUUCACCUCCGUCAAGAUGUCUCAGAGCUCUAGAGCCGGGCUCAUGAACGCUUAUCUCAUGUAUCGGUUGCCCUCACCUCGAUUCCGGAGCAACUCGUUGUCAUUCCUGGACCUACUUCGCCUAACGAGGAGCUUUAAAGUCACGGAACCCUUGGACCGCAUAUAUGCCACGCUCGGCCUCCCAAGCCGGCAAACUGGGCAUGAACGGACGUUCAUCUCCCCUGACUACCGCCUGUUGCAACGGGGGCUGUACACCCGAGUAUUCUACUGGGUGGUAAACACUCACGAGACUCCUCUGGAAAUACUGUCAGCCGUCAGGCAUACGGCGCAGUCGAUUCCCAGCUUCCCAACGUGGAUACCGCAAUGGCACGUUGACCCCAUCCGAAGUAUAGCAUCUUCUCACCACCGGAGUAUGAAGUUUGAUGCUUCAAAAGGGUGGCCAUCCAAGCCCCUACUGCAAGUCUGCUGGAAGUUAAACGAGCGGAACUUGACACUGGAAGGAUUCAUUAUCGGCACUAUCACAUCGUCGCAAGAGAUUCUUCCCCCAUCGCUUCCUCGAUCCGGUAGAACACGCACUCGAUGUAUGAUUGAGCACAAACAAGGCUUGAUAACAUGGAUCACUCAACAGUUUCCAGCAAGCGAGCACGUCCAAUCAAGAAUGAGCCUGACAUUGACUGCUGGCCAGGAUUGGUAUGGCACAAUCGUCCAAGGACAAGCUGCCCUGGAGCGGCACCGGUCCUGCUUUCAAAACUGGACGCUUCAACACCUUUCAGGCCAAGAAUUAGAUGCGGGAUCUAGAGAAGAUGCUAAGAAAUACGGACGAGGGGUGCAAACAGUGUGUCGUGGGCGAAAGCUGUUCGCCGCUGCUGGCUGCCAGAUGGGCCUAGGGCCUGAGACCCUUAUGCCUGGCGAUACGGUAUGUGUGCUCCUUGGGGGGCCAGUUCCAUACAUACUCCGGUCGUUGGGCAGCAACGUCUAUCAUUUUGUAGGGGAGUGCUAUGUUCCUGACUACAUGUUUGGGGAGGCGAUUGUGGAGUGGACAACACCAACAUCAACGUCCUUGAACCCACACAAGUUUAUCUUAAAAUAGCAAGAAUUUAUCAACUUUUAAAAGAAUAUCUGAAGUCCUUAUCUAUUAUGGAUCUUUAGAGGGUUGUAAAGGGUUAGAUUUCUACUUAGCCUUUCCACCUUAAGCAGUCCUCUCCCCGCUCUUAACCCUACUUCUAGACCCUUAACUUUUGGGUCUUGAGAGACAGCGAUAAGAGUGAUGAUGGCUCCGAGGACAAUGAGCUAGUUACUGUUCAGAAGCGUACUAUUCAUCUUAUUUCUUGUAA